CAAGGAAAAAAAAAAAAAAAAAAAAUCAAGCUUCUCUUGAUCUUCCAUGGUUGAAAUGGUUAAGUGAUGUUUCUUCCAUUAGUCAACAAUGGUUAAUCCUAAAUGAUCUCUUCCCCAUUUUCUCUCUCUCUCUCUCUCUGUUUGGCUAUAAACCCCGUAAAUCAAGAGCCCUCACCGCCAAAUCUUCCUCCUCCAAGAAACCAGAAGAUUCUCUAAUGGAAAAGUGGUAGAACAUCAUCAUUAACGCCGACCCAUUUCCCUAUUUUCUCUUGUUCUUAGCCUCUUCGUCGAUGCCGGAGGAUUUUCGUCGGAUCAGUUGCAGAAACCCUAGCCGUUCGAGGUUUUGUUGACUCCGAUUUGUGAGAUUUUUGUUUAGAGGUAAGGGAAAUUGAAUCUGAGUGCGUCGAUUUUCCCUCAUUUUCCCGAGAAAAUCAAAUGUCCCAUCUCGAUAACAUUCCUUCCACUCCCGGGAAGUUUAAGAUGGAAAAAUCGCCGUAUAUUCAUCGACUCCGGUGGCAUUCUUCGUUAACGAAGCUUACAUUCUGGUCUUUGGUUUUUCUCGGCUCGAUCUUGAUUUUCUUCUUCAGAUCGCCGUCGUCGUCGCCGCUGCAAUCCGAUCCUUCCCGCCGAUCGCUUAGUACUUACGAUUGGGGUGGACCGGCUUGGGAGAAAAGAGUUCGCUCAUCCGCUCGAGUUCGGUCUCGUAAUGGGAUCUCCGUUCUCGUCACCGGAGCCGCUGGAUUCGUUGGAACUCAUGUCUCUGUGGCGCUGAAACGUCGAGGCGACGGCGUUCUUGGACUCGAUAAUUUCAACAAUUACUACGAGCAAUCCCUAAAACGAGCCCGUCAAGCGCUUUUGGAGCGCACCGGCGUGUUCGUCGUUGAAGGCGAUAUCAACGAUUCGGCUCUGUUGAAGAAGCUUUUUGAAGUUGUUCCGUUUACUCAUGUGAUGCAUUUGGCUGCUCAGGCCGGCGUCAGGUACGCCAUGGAAAAUCCUAGCUCUUAUGUUCAUAGCAACAUUGCUGGUUUAGUUAGUCUUUUAGAAGUCUGUAAAUCUGCAAAUCCACAGCCUGCAAUUGUUUGGGCAUCUUCUAGUUCUGUUUAUGGAUUGAAUACAAAAGUGCCCUUCUCGGAAAAGGACCGAACCGAUCAACCGGCGAGUCUUUACGCAGCGACGAAGAAGGCUGGUGAAGAGAUUGCACACACUUAUAAUCAUAUCUAUGGACUUUCAUUAACAGGGCUGAGGUUCUUCACUGUUUAUGGACCUUGGGGAAGGCCUGACAUGGCUUAUUUCUUCUUCACUAGAGAUAUUUUGAAAGGGAAAUCAAUCCCCAUCUUUGAAGGUGCUGAUCAUGGCACUGUGGCUAGAGAUUUCACCUACAUUGAUGAUAUUGUGAAGGGUUGUUUGGCAGCUUUGGACACUGCUGAGAAGAGCACUGGCAGUGGAGGGAAGAAGAAGGGACCAGCACAGUUACGGGUUUUCAAUUUAGGGAAUACGUCGCCCGUGCCGGUGUCGGAUCUCGUGAGCAUUUUGGAGAAGCUUUUGAAGGUGAAAGCUAAGAGGAACAUAAUGAGGUUGCCAAGGAAUGGUGAUGUUCAGUUCACUCAUGCCAAUAUCAGCUUGGCUCAGAGGGAACUUGGAUAUAAACCGACCACAGAUCUUCAGAUGGGGCUGAAGAAGUUCGUCCGGUGGUAUCUGAAUUAUUAUUCGCUAGGGAAGAAGACUGCUGCGUAGCACGACGAUUGUUCGGCAUUUACAUGGUAGGCUACUUUGAUUCUUGUUCAUUAUGAUUCGUAUGAUUUGUUGGUUUGCCAUUUCUAUGUUCAUUGCUAUGAUUUGUCUUUCAAUUUAUUUGAAUGGAAUGACAUACUAGGAGGAACCUUUUACUACUCCCAUCAAUGAAGUUUUUGUCGUUCGAUCGAUAUUGUUUACCGAGAACUUCGAAAACUAUUAUUCGAAGAAACCCGGACACAUCUUUCCUCUUUUGUUGACGGAAUGUAAUUGUUGUAGUAGCUUCACAACUGUAGAAUUUGUGAACUGAUAAAGACAUUUCAUGAUUUGUGGACCUGUAUCAUGCCGUGCAACUCAAUAAAAAUUGCACAAAAUAGUUUCGAUUCUUGCUA